CCCUUUCACCUCCCAGCCGUUGGCUAACGUGGAAGCGCGUCCCGCUGGCCGGCUGAGGAGCCCGGACCGCGUUGCCCUGGGCAGUUGGGCGCGCGGCCCGGCGACGGAGGGCUUCUCGGCGCGGCUCGGCCUUUCCCGGGAGGGAGCGAUGGGGCGCGCGGGCGCCGGCGAGCGGACGCCGGUGUAAGACGCGCGGCGCCCGGCCCCGGAGCGAGGCGGCGGCGGCGGCGGCGGCGGGCGCGGGGAAGGCCUGUGAGGGCCGCCGCCCCGAGCCCCGGCCUCCCGCGCCAUGGCCCCCAUGGGCAUCCGCCUGUCCCCGUUGGGGGUGGCCGUGUUCUGCCUGCUAGGGCUCGGCGUGCUCUACCACCUCUACUCGGGCUUUCUGGCCGGCCGCUUCAGCCUCUUCGGCCUGGGCGGCGAGCCGGGCGGCGGCGCGGCCGCAGGGCCCGCGGCCGCGGCCGACGGGGGCACCGUGGACCUGCGCGAGAUGCUGGCCGUGUCGGUGCUGGCGGCGGUUCGCGGCGGCGAUGAAGUGAGGCGAGUCCGCGAGAGCAACGUCCUCCACGAGAAGUCCAAGGGGAAGACGCGCGAGGGGGCCGAGGACAAGAUGACCAGCGGGGACGUGCUGUCCAACCGCAAGAUGUUCUACUUGCUCAAGACCGCCUUCCCUAACGUGCAGAUAAAUACUGAGGAACAUGUAGAUGCAGCUGAUCAGGAGGUUAUCAUAUGGGACCGUAAGAUUCCUGAGGACAUCCUGAAGGAAAUCGCCACCCCCAAGGAGGUACCAGCAGAAAGCGUUACUGUCUGGAUCGAUCCACUGGAUGCUACACAGGAAUAUACAGAGGAUCUUCGAAAGUAUGUCACUACUAUGGUGUGUGUGGCUGUGAAUGGUAAACCUGUGCUAGGAGUAAUACAUAAGCCAUUUUCUGAAUACACAGCUUGGGCCAUGGUAGAUGGUGGGUCCAACGUGAAAGCCCGCACUUCCUACAACGAGAGGACCCCGAGGAUCGUUGUAUCACGCUCCCAUUCAGGAAUGGUCAAGCAGGUUGCUCUUCAGACUUUUGGAAACCAGACCACCAUUAUCCCAGCUGGUGGUGCCGGUUAUAAAGUCUUAGCACUCUUGGAUGUACCCGAUAAGAGUCAAGAAAAAGCUGAUCUGUAUAUCCAUGUGACAUACAUCAAAAAAUGGGAUAUAUGUGCUGGCAACGCCAUCUUAAAAGCCCUUGGGGGGCAUAUGACUACCCUGAGUGGUGAAGAAAUCAGUUACACUGGGUCCGACGGCAUUGAAGGAGGGCUCCUUGCCAGCAUCAGAAUGAACCACCAAGCCCUGGUCAGAAAACUGCCAGAUCUAGAGAAGACAGGACAUAAAUAAGCAAAGCUGAUUACAGGUCACAGCUCUUCCCAAGUUGAAUGGUCCGCCGAAGCGCCGGGAGCUUCAAAGCAUCGGUGCAGACUAUGCAUGGUUAAGGCCAUCCUGAACUUUCUGAAGUAUUUAUGAAGCAUCAGAGACUUACUUUCCCUGUAAUAGGAUGGAAGAUCAGGGAAAAUGGGUUGCUUCGUGUCUCAAGUAUUGUCUUUAUUUUUGAGACGAUUUUCGUACAGUUGUCAUACACAAGGCGCAUAUAUAUAUAUAUGUGUAUAUAUAUAUUUGUGAAUUAAAAUCUACAGCUGAGUACAUUGUUCUGAGUCACCAUUUUCACACAACAUCACGAACCUUCACUGUUUGUUCGUACUUUCAUAUAGAAUUGGGCUGAAGAAAGGAUUGAUUUUGUGUAGAUUUAAUAAUUACUUUACAAUUGUAUCUCAAUGAAAAUAAAGUUAUUGGGGGUUUUUACCCCUAAUGCAGAUAGAAAGCACAAGCAGCCACACAUUCGUUAAUAUGCAACAAAUGCUCUAUUUAUCUGUUGCUGAAUAUUUCUUAAGGAUUAAAAUAGAAAAAGCUGAAAUUGUUUUCAUUCUUUGAAAUUUUAAUAACAGGUUCACCAGCUAGUCGAGAAUAUAGCUGUUUGAUGGUUGAGUUGUAAUUGUAGUUUCCGUGUGUGUGUUUUGUUUUGUUCUGUUUUCUUUUGAUACAGAACAGUGUAUUUGUACCCCUGGGUUCAACGUUUCUGCCAUCUUCCUAUUGAUUUUCGUUUGCUCUGGACAGUGCAUGGUUCCAUCCUUUCCCUCCUGACCAACAUUUAGUUUUAACUCAUAAGGUCUGGAUUAAGGUUUCAGGGUUAGCACUAGGAUUUUGGUACAUUUUCUCAUUAGGGAUAAAUGAUGCACUAUAAGAAUAUAAAUGAUUCUAUUUGACUUAUUUGACAAUUACAUGGCUUAAGCUAGCUUUCGUUAUUUUAAAAAACUUUGUUUUAGUACUUUUUAAACAAUUUGCCAGGUUUGAAUGUAGAGAUUCUCUCCUUAUCAAGAAUGAUUUCUGGUUGCUUUUACCGUUAAUAAAUGCACCUAACCUAACUAAACUCUCAAGGUAGUAACUUUUAAGAUACUUUGAAGUUUCCAUUCAGAUUAAAAUAAUGAUGGUUAAUGUUA